AUGUCGACAUCCACAUCCACAUCCACGUCGACCGGCACGUUCACCCUCCUCCUCUUCGCCAGCGCCAGCACCUUCGCAGGCGACCUCGAGACACUGACGUUGCCGGCGCCCACGACUUUACGGGGUGUCUUUCGCGAGUUGGAAAGGCGGUUCCCGGGCAUGACGAGGCGGAUUCUGCGGAGUAGCGCCGUUACUGUGAAUCUGGAAUACGUGGACGUCGAUGUUGAGGCGGAUGAGGCGUCGUCGGGGGGGAAUCGUGGGAAGGGAGCCGGAGGCGGGGAAACCGGGGGAGGGCAUGGGGAUGGCGGCGAGCAGGAACGGAUGCGGGUGAAGGGCGAGGGGAAGGCUGUAGGAGAGGGCGCGGGUGAGGGUGGCGGCGAAGGGUUGGAUCUGCUGAUACGGCCGGGGGAUGAGGUGGGGAUUAUCCCGCCUGUUAGCAGUGGGUAG